CAACCUUCCCGUUGGCUAUGUUUUAAUUUAAUUGUAGAUCAUACCCUUACUUCCCUGGAGCCUGACUACACUGCAAAAUGGAGAAAGUACCUGCAGUUGAAACAGUGUUUCUAUAUGGCAUAUGCGUACUGCUACCAUGGACAGACUCUUCUAGCAAGUGACAAAUGUGGAGAAUCGAUCCGAUCUCUACAAGAGGCAGAGAAGUUCUAUGGCAAAGCAGAGGAUCUGUGUAAAGAGUAUAGGCAGACCAAGGGACCAGGAAGUACAGCCAAGCCAUCAGAGCAACUCUUCUUCAGGAAAUUAGGGUCUUGGAUCAAAAACACACUGGAGAAAUGUCAAAGAGAAAAUGGAUUCAUAUAUUUCCAAAAGGUUCCUCCAGAAGCUCCCCAGUUGGAAUUGAAGGCCAAUUAUGGGCUUGUGGAACCAGUUCCAUUUGAAUUUCCAGCUCUUCAUCCUCCGUGGGCACAGCAGUAUAUGCUUUCAUGA